GACAGGGCUAUAUAAGAUGUUGCCUUGCUGCUCUGUCAUCAAACCUCCACUGAGUAGCUCUUUAACUCACUCUGUGUCACCUACAACACCAGUUCAAGUAAUCAUGGCGAAAAGUGUUGCAGUUAUCCUGUCAGGCUGUGGAGUGUAUGACGGCACAGAGAUCCAUGAGGCCUCUGCUGUCCUGGUCCAUCUGAGUCGUGCCGGAGCAAAAGUGCAGAUGUUUGCUCCAGACGCUGAUCAAAUGCACGUUGUGAAUCAUUGUGUGGGAAAACCUACGAAGGAGAAGAGGAACAUUCUGCAGGAAAGCGCCCGUAUCGCCAGAGGCGACGUGACAGAUCUGGCCAAGCUGGAUGUCUCAGCAUUUGAUGCUGCCAUCAUUCCAGGGGGGUUUGGUGUUGCAAAGAAUCUGUGUGAUUGGGCUGUGAAGAACAAGGAUUUCACCAUCCAGCCUCUCCUGGAGAAGAUAAUCAAGGAUUUCCAUAAAGCUGGAAAGCCUCUGGGCAUGUGCUGCAUUUCUCCUGUCCUGGCUGCAAAGCUGCUGCCUGGCUGUGAGCUCACUGUGGGGCAGGACAAAGAGUGUGAAAAGUGGCCGUAUGCUCAGACAGCUGGAGCUAUGAAGGACCUGGGCUGCAAACAUGUGAACAAAGAGGUGGAUGAAGCUCAUGUUGAUGUCAAAAACAAGCUGGUCACCACCUGUGCCUUCAUGUGCAACGCUCCCUUUCACAAGAUUUUUGAUGGAAUUGGCGUUAUGGUUCAAGAAACUCUGAAACUGGCCUAAAACGAGUUUUAUUUAAUAACUGAAACAUGAGUUUAAAUCUGGAUUUGAACAUGAAUUUUUUGUUUAAUUCUAAUCUAUAGUAUUCUUUUUGAUGUUCAUGUUGAUUUUUUUUAUUGUCAAUAAAAUCCCUUU